AACCCACUAUAGAUUUUUUCAACUCGCCUAUCAGCUAACAGGUUGCAAGGCGAGACCCACUCCAGUUCAAUGCGGGAUGCUCAAAAUGACAAAAAGAAGACACUGAGUUGGGGAUUUAAGACACACCAAGACCGAACACACACAUGAAAGAAAAGUAUGGUGAAAGAAAGACGAGAACGUGACGGUGGAGAGAGGGUUAAAAAUGAAGUAGAUUCUGCGUCUGAAGAAGCUCUGUCCUACUGCAGACCCCCAGCUGAAGUAUCAAGCAAAUGUGACUCAUCCGACUCAGGGGCUGCUUACCACGGUGGUACUGCGGAAAUUAGCGCCAUGAUGGCAGAUACAGGGAGAGUGUUGAACCAAGUAUUUUCCUCUCAGAAUGUUUUCUUGCCGGAGCCGUACCAGCAUCCUUCAAGUGAGCAUCCGCUGACAGCUGGAGUCCGGGGCGGCAGCGGCGCAUCUUACUGCGGUGCAGACACUAGUUUAGACCUGAGGCUCAGGAUGGAUCUCAGGAGCAGAGACACCAUUGAGCCAGGAGAAGUUGUGCCGGACGCUAACUUCAAAAGUAAAGCCGUGGAAUACACGCCGCUGAAAGAUUAUGAAAGCCACUCCCUGUCUGGGAUAAGCCUUGAACCUUUGACCCCAGUCCUCCUGCAUGAUAAGACGCAGCAGUACCUCCAAGAGCACUAUCAUGGCGUUGCGCCCAGGCACUAUCACUACGAUGGCGAUGGCGUCAAGUGGGAGCUAGAGAACCAGCGCUACACGGACAUCUCGUGGAAGUCUGCAGACGUCUAUCACGAUGACGAGUAUUCCCACUCCAACAACAUCGACGAGGCCGAGUACGAGGGCUCCAACAACCAAGGCUCUGACGCCUUCAAUGAUUCUGACGUCUUCAGCUCUUCUUACUUCAGCGACAGCUCUUGCACUGCUGCACCGUCCGGACACGGCAGGCGGAGGCGUAAGCGGGUUCAAACCCCGGUUCAAAGAACGGCAGCAAACUUGAGAGAAAGGAGGCGAAUGUGCCACCUCAAUGUCGCCUUUGAUAAACUUAAAGAGCACCUUCCCAAUGUUAAGGACAAGAAGAAACUGUCCAGAAUCCAAACCCUGAAGGCGGCCAUUUUUUACAUUCAUGUGUUAAAAGAUUCUCUGAAUUCUGGAACUUAGAUAUUCAUUUCCUUAUUGUUUUCACACGAUACUAAAUGAAAUUGCUGUGUUGGAUUUCGGAAAAAAAAAAACAACUUGAAACUACUUUAUCCAAUUUGUCCUGGAAAAGAUUUUAAAAUGUUUUGAAUUGAUGGAUUAUAAAGUCUGCGCAAAGCUUUUGUUGUGAUGUUAAUGUAGCAGCACGGAAACCCAGACAUGCAAAGAUCGUAUGAAAUCACACUGGGCAAUCUUUACUAGCCUAAAGGAUGCUUUUUGUGAGAAGACAUUAUUUCAAUGUUUUUGUUUUUUCAGUUUAAAGCUCAUUGGACCUUUUUUUUUUAGAUUAGUUAAGUAUUAUUAUUAUUAUUAUUAUUAUUAUUAUUAUUGCAAUUUUUUUUUUUGUCCGGCGUUUUGGGGAAUUUUCUUUUUUUUUUUUUUUUUACUUUUUUUUUUACUUUUUAGAGAAAGAUUUAUUUUUUACUUUUACUUGUGUGAUAAAUAAACCAGCAUUAAAAUAUUGUACUUUUAGAAUAUUGCUAAAAAGAGAAAAAAAAUUCUGUCCUUUUAAACUUGUAGGUUAGGUUUAAACUUGCAGGUUAGGUUUAAACUUGUAGGUUAGGUUUAAACAAAAUAUACUAAUCGUUUAUAAUAAAGAAAGAAAAAAGUUUGUUAAUAUUCAAUGUUGUUUAAAGAGUGAAAUAUGACCAAUUAAUUUCAUUCCUGUUGAAGUUGCUAAUUUUAAAUUGCUUUUAAAAUAAAAUUUGAGAUAGAUACUA